UGUCCUGUCUGUCCGCCCGGUGUCUGCUCCGCCGCUCGGCGCUCUGCCCCGCUCCCACCCCGGACCUGAAGCCUCUGCCUCCUCGUUCACCACCCCGGCUCCCUGAACCCCCCCGCCCUCCUCACCCGGUGAAUGCACCAGCGCCGAAAACAUGACGGGCAUCGCCGCCGCUUCUUUCUUCUCCAAUUCCUGCAGGUUCGGGGGCUGCGGUCUCCAGUUUGAGUCUCUCGCCGAGCUCAUCGUCCACAUCGAGGACAAUCACAUCGACACAGAUCCGCGAGUUCUGGAGAAACAGGAGCAACAGCAGCCCACCUAUCUGGCCCUAAGCUACAUAAACAGGUUCAUGACGGAUGCGGCACGCAGGGAGCAGGAGACCAUGAAAAAGAAGGCCACGCCCAAACUGUCCCUGUCCAUCACGGGUGGGGUGUCCAGGAACAGCACAGCCACGCCUCCUCGCCACACCAGCGGUAACCUGACGCCUCCCGUCACACCCCCCAUCACCCCUUCCUCCUCCUUCCGCAGCAGCACACCUACAGGCAGUGAGUAUGAUGAGGAGGAGGUAGACUACGAGGAGUCGGACAGUGACGAGUCGUGGACCACAGAAAGCGCCAUCAGCUCCGAGUCAAUCCUCAGCUCCAUGUGCAUGAACGGAGGAGAGGAGAAACCGUUCGCCUGUCCCGUCCCUGGUUGUAAGAAGAGAUACAAGAAUGUGAAUGGCAUCAAGUACCACGCCAAGAACGGCCACCGCACGCAGAUCCGUGUGAGGAAACCUUUCAAGUGUCGCUGUGGCAAGAGCUACAAGACCUCGCAGGGGCUGAGACACCACACCAUCAACUUCCACCCACCUGUCUCCACCGAAAUCCUGCGCAAGAUUCAAGGCUAGAGACUGUGAUCACGCCAGUCAACUGCCCCAAACAUAGCCCUGUUCUAUCCUGACUUUUCCUUACCCAACCCUUUUUAUACCCAUCCCAUACACUAAAGGAUCAAGUGCAUGCUUUAAGUUGUUUUUAUUAUUUUUAUUUUAUUUUUUUCAUCUUUUUGUUGGUUUGUGUUACAUUAUUUUUUCUAUCCAUGUUAUAUCACUUGUAUUUUUGAAAAAAAAAAAGUAUCUUUGUAGUAUUUUUAUUGUACAUUUGCACAUUCGUAUAUGCUAUCACGUUAUUUUUUUUCUAUUGUUUGACUUACAUAAGGUGCUAACUGUAAAAAACAACAGAAAGAAAAGACAAAAAAAACAAAUGGAAGAAGAGAGAGGAAACGUAAAGGGAGAAAGUGAAACAGGAAGUGCAACCAAGCCCUGCCCCCAUUUUCCCACUCGUCUGUGAGGGAUGAAGUUGAGUUUAGUGCUGAUCUGAGCUCAGUUGUUCUUACACUCCUCUGUGAGAUGCAGUCUGCCGAGCUUAGGUCUGUGCCUUUACAGCAACUUGUGGGGGUUUAAGUGCGAGAGUUAAGUUAUACUUUAUAUAGAUAUAUUGAUAUAUAUAAACAAUAGACAGAUAUGUAUGUGUACAUAAAAAUAUAUAAGUAUUCAUGAGCAUAUACAUAAAUAGUUACACUUUAUUUUCAAGCUUUAUUUUAUAUAUUUUGUCAGUGUUUUAGAUAGUGUUUUUUUUCCAAUGUAUCAGUAAGUGUUCCUUUCAUCCCUUAUUCGCUGAGACGGCCAGUUUUUGUCACCUCAGAGGGCAAAGGUCAAACAGCUGGCUGACUUUACGUUUUCUCUCACACAUCCUAGAGAUUAGGAGCUAAUACGCCUUUCAGUUUGACACACUCUGAAUGCGAUAUUUCACUGUUGAUCAGGAAGAGAGCGUAUUUGUACAAAGGCCAGGCCAAUAAUCCACACCUUAAACAUUUCAUCCCCACAGAAAGCCAUCCAUGUAUUUCAUAUCUCCAGUGUUUCCUCAUUCAGAGUGCCAGAGCUGUAUUCAAGAGACUUAGCCUUGAAAUCAGGUUAAGCAUCAUAAUGUAUUCCAGUUGCCAAUAUCUUUGUUGUUUUUUGUUUUUUCCAUGAUCGUUGCCAUCAGCUCUCCACUGCCAAACAUUGACCAUACCAUG